CACUACUCACUAGUGAUUGUGUAGACGGUGAAGAAGGCGGGUGUGCUGCUCCACCACGGUGCUGAGUGAAGGUGAACAUGACCACAGGCGGAACGUUGAAACACGAGAGAAUAAUGAUAAAAGCUAAACCCCAGGGACUAUCUCUCUGUCUCUACACACUGCUGAGUCUCUUGGUACAUAGUGUUGAAACUGAUGAUGGACUCCUGAAUGACCUAACCUGGGCCCAACAAAUGGACCUCCACAACAACCAGUUAGACAGUGGAAGCAGCGAGUAUAAAGACAACGAAGAUUUUAAGAAGUGGGUGUUGGAAGAAGAGCAUAUAUUAACAUCACACAGCAAGGUUCCACAUCGCACAGCACAACACAACACACAAAGUGAAAUGUGGUGGAAGGUGACAAGUCAAGAUGAUCCAGCAAUGGAUGCCGAACCAGUGUCCUGGGACGGCAAAGGCUUAGUCAACAGUGUGUCACCUAAUCUCUUUCAAGACUAUGAACUAAUUCAACACACAUGGAAAGAGGAUGCUGUUACGUAAAUGUUAUUCCCCAAAAAAUCUUUCUGUAUACUGUACUGUGUGUAAUGAUAUACUGUAGUGUAGUGUACUGUAUUGUAGUGUAGUGAAGUGUAGUGUACUGUAUUGUAUUGUACUGAACUGGUCAUUACAGGAACAUAAGGACAGAAAGAUAUAAGAAUACAGAGACAGACAUGGUUACCCAAAGUCAGGACCCACUGACAUUUCGCAUUUAUUCUCUUUGACAUAAGUGUACUGUAUCUCUCCUCAACAUUGUGACAAUCAUCUGGGCAGAUUCAAAUCUUGUUGGGUUUUAAAGUCCUCUGUGUUUCUAGGAGAUUAAGUACACAAACCCAAUUUAAGAUGUCUUCCUCGUUCAACAACAUUUUUGUCUACGAAUGAUCUAUUUAGAAAUAAAGUAAAACUCACUACAAUAAAACUGUGAAGUCCUACUUGUUCUGGCUUUGAUAUAUGUAAGAUAAAAAAUGAGAUUAAAGUUGUAAAAAAGGCACCAUGUUAUUUAGAGAGGGUUGUGAAUCCAUACAUGUAAUUCUGUAGAUAAAAAACUUAUAAUGCCACAUGGGGGUUGGUCAGUCCCAGGAUAUUGUGAACUUUAAAGCAAGUGAGGUAGGUGGGACAAGUUAUCCAGGGAGCAAGAUGGUUCACUUUACUGACCGUCAACGCCUGGGUCAUUAGGGCCGGGAGUGAGAAAAAGGAGGAGGAAAGAAUAAACUGUUGGGGAAGACCUGAAUAACAAUAUUAAAAACUUUAACUGGUGGUAGAGUAAUAAUGGUGAGGGACUUAACUGUGAGAGGGAGUGAUGGGGAAGGAAGUGAGACUGUGGGGGGGAAACAUCAAGUACUAGGAAUGAGUUAACAUGAAGAAAGAGAGAGGUGUGUGUGUGUGUGUUGGUUCUAAAUCUGGUCAUCAUAGUGGGGUAGAGACUUGCCCGAGUGAAAAAAUGACAUAUUGCCGAGUGUAUUUCUGCAAUGGUAAAGUACUGUAUGUAUUGUACUUAUGCCAGAAAUUUGAUGAUGCCUUAGAUAUAUGGCAAGCAGGUACAGUGUACUAACUAAAUAUUAUCAUAGCAGGACUAAAACGUCUGCUAUUGGUGGUGCAGAAUAUAUUAUUACAUAUAGUUUUCAUAAAGCAUUUCAACCUUUUAACAUUAACCCAAAGAGGAGCAUUUAUAUCAAGACAAUAUUUAAGUCUUAGCUACUGGUAGUGAUCAUUGUUAACUGUUCUGUAACUGUGCAAUAUUUGUAUAAAGAUAUUUUAUUACUUGU